GAAAAACCUAAUGAGGGCGGGAAGGCAACAGGUGGAUGGAGGAAGAGAAAGUAACAUCCACUAACAAAGACAAUCUGGAGGAGAAAGACGGCAGCUCUUUUGACAGUGUAAAGGAGACUCAAUCUGUUUCUUUUUCUGUGUGGAAGAGUAGUGCGUACUACUGGCUGUUCAGUGCACUCUGUUGCCGUUGGAAAUGAACUGGGGCAACACCUGAGAGGAGGCUGGUCGGGAGCAGAAAGGGAAUGCUUUCUUCCUGGAGAAUUGAGCCGCUGUUAUCCUCACCUGGUGGAUGUACGGGGCGGAGAGAGGCCUGAUUGGAGGGAACAUUCUGGGCCUGACUGAAAGACCUGUGCUCCGUUUUCAGCUCUGAGGUGGUUAUAUGGCCAGAAGGAAAUCCUGUUUCAAACCUGAUCAACUAAAGAAUGCUAUUUUCCACACUUGUGCUGUGACCUACUACAGUACUGAAGCUACUGUAUAUGGAAGAACCUUCUCUGGCCAGGGAGGAUUUAGAAGUCACGAAGCGACAGGCCCAGACAGCCCACUCCUCUUCACGAUGCAACAGCCAACUGGAGGAGUGGAGCAGCAGGACGAAUCCUUUGAUUUCUUGUUCAAGAUCAUCCUGAUUGGAGAUUCUAACGUGGGCAAGACCUGCGUGGUCCAGAGCUUCAAGUCAGGACAGUUCUCAGAGAGGCAACAGAACACCAUAGGAGUGGACUUCACCGUGCGGACAGUGGACAUCGAGGGCAAGAAAAUUAAGAUGCAGGUAUGGGACACGGCUGGACAGGAGCGUUUCCGGACCAUCACCCAGAGUUACUACCGCAGCGCCCACGGCGCCAUGAUCGCCUAUGACAUCACACGCCACGGAACCUUUGACUCUGUGUCCAAUUGGAUCAGGGAGGUGGAGCUGUACGGCGCGGCCAAUGUAGUGCUCUGUCUCAUUGGUAACAAGUCUGACCUGGAGUCUGAGCGUCAGGUGUUGUUCCAGGAGGCAUGCUGUAUGGCUGAGGAGAGAGGCAUCCUGGCAGCGUUAGAGACCUCAGCUAAGGAGGCCCAGAAUGUGGACGAUGCCUUCAUGAUGAUGGCCCGCGAGCUGCUGGCACGCAACGGCACUGCCGUCCGGCAACAGGCCCCUAGCAACAAUGACUCGCCCCGCGUCCUGCUCCGAGCCAACUCACGACCAAUCAACGGGCCAGCAGUGAUCACAGACAGGAAGACGUGUUGCUGACAUAGAGAGGAGGAAGGACAACAGAGGAAGUGUAAGAAUGGAUACCUGCGUGUGCCACUGUGUUACCUGGAAGAGGACAGAAUAAGGCAGGGAUCAUCAACUAGAUUCAGCCGCGGGACCAUUUUUUCUGGAACGGAUGUUCAGUGGGCCGGAACACAAUUACAAUUAAUUUGUAAACCACAAAUUGAGCGCAAGAAGCCCAAACAGAUAUAGUUUGACGAAACAUAAUCAUUUCAAACCUGGUUCACGUUUGUAUACGUUCACGUGUCUCUCCAUUAUGCGUGGGAAUACUUGGGAACAGAUUUCUUCAAUUAAAAUCACUUGGAGCUGAUUUCCUGGUGUUUCAACAAUCUUUAAUGUCAACAAUAACAAUUCCACAAAGAAAUAUAUAGUAUAUAUAUAUAUAUAUAUAUAUAUAUAUAUAUAUAUAUACUAUAUAAUAAAUAAAACCCACCCGCGGGCCGCCACCUGGGGAACCCUGGAAUAGGGGAAGCUGAGAUCGUUACAGGCAAAACACACAUUCCUUUUGUGUGUGUGACUUUAGGUACUAUUGACCUAUGACCUAUGUAGUGGUGUAGCUCAGUUUCUCAAACCCCCCCCCACAAGGUACGGGCAAUUUAAUAAAAAAAAUGCUAAGUAGCUUUUUUUAUAGCUGAUCUCUGGUUCUUUUCCAUAUUCUGCUGAGAGAACAUGUUGCUGUUUUAGUUCUCAGGGAUUCUUGAAAGACGGGACAAUCUCAACUUUUUCCCACGAAUAUUGGUCUUAAUAUUAACAAAAUGUGAAAUAUAUAUUUUGAUCGACCAAAGUAUCAGCUAUCACACCAUGUAAAUGAAUAACUUCCUAAUGACAUUUUUAAUAAAUCAUCAAAUGCAACUAACUGGAUUUCUGUCAACUCCGUCAGACACCAUAAAAGGCAUUUUAAUUUACAAUUAUUAAGUGUUUAAAACAGCCUUGGAUUGUUUCACAUUAGAUUAUUCAAAUAUGUAAUACAAAUCUCCAAACGUCUUUUUGUUUAGUUUUCUGGAUUUAAGACCUAAAACAACAUUUAUAAAACUAACAUCACCCCCAGGUCUAACAUAGCAAAUAUUAGAAUUGUUUCACCAUCUGUUGCAGAACAAUUCAAAUAUGUUGUCUGAGUAUUGACAACAACAAUAUCUUAAGGGGGUCAGUCCUCAGUGACGGAGUUGACAAGCCACUGAUGUAGUUGGCAACACAUACUGAUACUGCAUCUAAAAAUACAAGUUCAAUACAAACAUUUGUAAAAUAUGGAAAAUGAUUCAUUUCAGCACUCAAACGGAGUUGACGUUAGACGAAAACCUGACAGAGUUGAUGCCUAACAGAGAGGACAAAAAUGGAUGCCUAACAGAGAGGACAAAAAUGGAUGCCUAACAGAGAGGACAAAAAUGGAUGCUUAAUUCAAGUGGUCACAGUAGCAAUUAUGUUUUACUCAGUUGCUUUAUGACUCUAAAACCUCAUUUAAAGAAUAUUUCACUCGAAACUGAGAUUUGGUGAACUGUUAGUCUAAAAUCUCAAAAGAAUCAGGAUUGAGUAGGGUCAGCUAUGCCAUAAGGACCCCUUGUCGUUAGAUUACGAUAGAAUAUGAAUUUUGGUUAAAAUAUGUUACAUUUAAGUCACAGAGGGCUCUUGCAUAAAACUACAUAAGAUCGUGUUUCAGUUCAUAUCCAUUAUUACCAUUUUUUAUAUAAUUUUGGGGAGUUUGAAAUUGGGAUCCUUUGCUCAGGACAGGGCAUUUCCAGGCAUAGAGCCGACAUGGGGGGGGGGGGGGGGGGCAGUGGAUCUAUGACACUGUGACUUGUGAGUGUCCCAGGGGGGAGUGGACUGGAGCAGUGGAUCUAUGACACUGUGACCUUGUGAGUGUCCCAGGGGGGAGUGGACUGGAGCAGUGGAUCUAUGACACUCUGACCUUGUGAGUGUCCCGGGGGGGAGUGGACUGGGCCAGUGGAUCUAUGACACUGUGAGUGUCCCGGGGGGGAGUGGACUGGAGCAGUGGAUCUAUGACACUGUGACCUUGUGAGUGUCCCGGGGGG